AUGGAAAUCACAUUGUGCGUUGCACGGAUCCCGUAUUUACUGAUUUGCGCCAACCAAAUUACGGUAUCGUGGACUGAUCACGAUUACCCGAUGCUCGUCUGGGGCAACUAUCUGUUCAAAACCACGGACGGUGAACAGUGGCUGACCAUCCAGCAGAAAAAGUUGUGUCUCGACGACGAGCCACUCCCAUUUGGUCUCAUUCCCGAAAAGAACACUCGUGCUUUAUACAUCAACAACACGAUGGCCCUCUUCCUGAUCGCCGACAAUCACACGGCCAGCAAUGUGAUCCUCGAUCAGCCGCCCGGUGACGCUGAUUAUGCUGUACGCCGCAAAGGUGGAUUGUAUGAGGGACGUGCGACCCACAUUCGCCGGUCGGGUCAGCUACUCUACCGCGACGGCAAUAAUCUGCUGAGCCUCAAACCGGGCCAGAAUCCCGAUCGGCUCGAACCGGUCAACUUCUUCUGCCAGGGAAUAACAAUUUUCAAAACCGGAAUCCAACUUGGCGCCAAUAUGCCCUCGGAAACGGACAGGGUGGCCGACGGGGCGCUAUACAAACAUCGGUUGCGCAUGGUUGACUGGAACGCAGCCAAUCUAGACGAUGCGCAGCAAAUUGUUUUAGAGGUGGAAGGGCUAAAAUGGAUACAUCAUUUGCUAUUCGACGUUAAGUUUACGGCGCUUCUGAUUUUGAAUUACAGGACGCAACAGCUGACGGUGCGACUGCGACUCGGGGCAAAGUUGAUCUCCCUCCUGGAUGCCACCCUACAGACGUUGGUCGAGCUAGCGGCCCCAUUCAAUACUGGCCGCUUUACCCUCGAGCUGGCCGUUUGUUGUGGCAAGAUUCCGUUCUACGUGUUCCACGCUAACAACAUUUCUGUCACGAAGACCAAUGAGGAGUAUCCUGUGUGUAUUGGACGUUUCUUCCUUCUGCGCGCCUCUGGCGGGGGUUUCUUGAACAUUGCCGACCGUCGACUACAGAUCGGCGAGCCGCCUUCUUCAUCAAAACAGAAGCCAACGCGCGCCCUCUACUGCACCUCGGUCCGUGAACUGGCGUUGCAAUAUGUCGACGGUGUUAUUACGCAAAUCCUCCUAGAGCAUCCGCCGCGAAAUCCUAACUAUGCGGAUGCCGAAGUGGACGCCGAAGACCCGGCGAGUUUCCAGUUUGAGGGUGUAUCGAUGUUUCGCACGGCCAUCUCUUCAACACCUACACCCGGAAAUAUGCUGCAUACCCUUCCAAUCAUCACACUGCCCGAUGGGCGUCUUCAUGUCACCACGAAACUGGAGGAUUGUCGAAUGGAGAUCGGAUCAAUUCCCGGACAGCUGCUCGCAAAGACCUACAACGGAUCCAACUACUGUCACGUCUACGCGCUGCCACUGCCGAACGGCGGUGACCUGGAUGACGUCAUGUCGAUCGUCUUGUUCAUCGGCGACUACAAGGUCCUCCAUCACCAACUCGUCGACAUUGUGAGGAAGCGUCUCGUCGACCCAGUCUUCGUU